GGAACUGACGCGGCUCAACUUCGGGGACAGGCUGCUUCUGAACUGUACAGCAAGUGGGGAGCCCAAGCCCAGGAUCAUCUGGAGGUUGCCCUCCAAGGCUCUUGUGGACCAGUGGCACAGAAUGGGAAGUCGGAUCCAUGUCUACCCCAACGGAUCCUUGGCUAUUGAGGCAGUUACAGAAAAGGAUGCAGGUGAUUACCUGUGCGUCGCAAGAAACAGAAUCGGGGAAGAUCUGAUCCUGAUGAAAGUCAGCAUCACAAUGAAACCAGCCAAGAUUGACCACAAAGAGCAGUUCAAGAAGCUGGUGCCGUACGGGAAGGAUUUCAGAGUGGACUGCAAGGCCUCGGGGUCGCCCACCCCAGCAAUAUCCUGGGGCCUGCCAGAUGGGACGGUGGUGAACAACGUGAUGCUGGCAGAUGACAGCGGGCACAGGGCUCGCAGGUACGUCCUGUUCCACAAUGGCACUCUGCACCUCAACAAAGCUGGAGUGGCAGAAGGAGGAGACUACACGUGCUACGCCCAAAACACCCUGGGGAGGGACGAGAUGAAGAUCCACGUCACGGUCGUUGUGGCAGCCCCUCAAAUAAAGCACAACCACAAGACACACGUCGCAGUGACAGCUGGAGACACAGCCCUGCUGGACUGUGAGGCUGCGGGAGAGCCCAGGGCGCAGAUAUUCUGGCUGCUGCCCUCCGGUGAGAUGAUCUCCUCGUCCACAGACAGGCACUCCCUGCACGCCAACGGCUCGCUGUCCAUCAGCCAGGCCGGCCUGCUGGAUGCUGGGGAGUACCUGUGCGUGGCUCGGAACCCUGGCGGGGACGACAGCAAGCUGUACAGGCUGGCUGUGGCUGCCAAACCCCCCAUCAUCAAUGGCCUACACAGAAACAGAACCAUCAUGAAGGUGACGGCAGUGAGGCACUCCAAGAAACACAUCGACUGCCGGGCAGAGGGGACACCUCCUCCCCAGAUUAUGUGGAUCAUGCCUGAUAACAUUUUCCUAACAGCCCCAUAUUACGGGAGCAGGAUUGUGGUGCACAAGAACGGGACACUUGAGAUUCGGAACAUCAGGCCCUCAGACAUGGGGGACUUUAUCUGUGUGGCACGUAACGAUGGGGGAGAGACUGUGCUGGUGGUGCAGCUGGAAGUCACGGAAAUGCUACGGAGACCAAUGUUCAAAAACCCUUUCAAUGAAAAAAUAAUAGCAAAACCUGGGAAGCCUAUCACACUGAACUGUUCUGUGGAUGGAAACCCUCCCCCGGACAUAAGCUGGAUGCUGCCCAAUGGCACGUGGUUUUCCAGCAGCAUCAGGACACCCCAGUUUGUCACAGGGAGCAGCGGCACCCUGACCAUCGCCAGCGCCCAGAGCCAGCACGCCGGGCGGUACCGCUGCGCUGCGCGGAACCAGGUGGGCUACAUCGAGAAGCUGCUGCUGCUGGAGGUGGCCCAGAGGCCCAGGAUCCUGAGCCAGCCAGCAGGGCUGGUGCGGGGGGUCAGCGGGGAGCCCCUGGCCCUGCACUGCCCGGCCGAGGGCAGCCCCAGGCCCCGCGUGGCCUGGACGCUGCCCGGGGGCCGCGUGCUGCAGCGGCCGCAGCUCAGCGGGCGACUCCUGCUGCUGGACAACGGCACCCUGCUCAUCGGGGCAGCCUCGCCCCUCGACUCGGGCACCUACCUGUGCCGGGCCCACAACGACGCCGGGGACUCCUCGCUCAGCAUCCUGGUCGUGGUCGCGGCCUACGCCCCGCGGAUCACCGGCAGGCCGCCCCCAGCCAUCCACACCACGCCAGGGGCAGCCGUUCAGCUCCACUGCGUCGUGCUGGGCGUCCCCAAGCCAGAAAUCACCUGGGAGCUGCCUGACCGCUCCGUGCUCUCCACAGCUCACCAGGCCCGGGGCUCUGGGGGCGCGCUGCUGCACCCCACGGGGACUCUGCUGCUGCAGAACCCCCAGCCCUCCAGUUCUGGCACGUACAGGUGCACAGCAAGGAACGCCCUGGGCACCGACACUGCAGCCACCUACGUCCACGUCAUCUGAGCCAGGAACACUGCAGGAGUGGUGGGAACACAGGCUGCAGCCAGCCUGGGCUCAGCCCUGCAACGGCUUCCAUCAAAGGCAGCCACAAGCACCUGAGUGCCUGGGCACAUCACAGCAUUCAGUCUGCAAAAGGAGAGAGGAAAGGGAAAAUCAGCUCUAGCAUCAUUUGCUAGCAUUGGUUCUCUCCAUGUUCAGGGGAUUUAAAGGAAAGCAAAAUUAAGGCACUUAAGUGCCUGAGGCACAGCAGGAACAAACUCAUAAUGCCCAAGCUAUGGCAGGAACAAACCCCAUGAUGCCCGAGCUAUGGCAGGAACAAACCCCACGGUGCCACGGCAGGAACAAACCCCACGGUGCCUGAGCCACAGGUGCCCGGCUGCACCGCCCUGGCACAGGGGCCAGCAGCUGGAGAGGGCAG